AUGAUAGUAUAUAUGUCAUUAUAUCUUAAACCAAGAGAAGGGUAUAAUCACCAUCACAACAGACAUCAUGCAGGUCAUGGUCAUGGUCACAAUGGAUGGGAUAAUAGCAUUAGUAGUAGUUCAUCAGACUCUUAUAGUCUAAAUUGGGGAUCAAGCAGUAGUAGUGACAAUAGUUAUUUUGUGUCAAGUAGCAGCAGCAGCAGUAGUAGUUCAAGUUCAAGUGGAGAAUUUGGAGGAUGUGGAUCAAUUAGUGGAGGUGGUAAUAAUACAGGAAAUAUGUGCUUUGAUUGGGUUCAAUGGACUAAUGGUACUACCAACAUUGUAGUAUAUGAUCCAUUCCUCAUUCCACUUUGUAUUUGGGCACUUUAUAUUGGUGUAUCUAGAUUCAUUGCUUUAAAGAAGAAUAGUAAUACUUAUUUCUAUGCAUUAACAUUCCUUACCUAUGGUAUUAUGAUGACUAAUGCAAUGCUUGCCGAUUCUCUUAUCCAUGCUCCACCAUUUGCUCAAAUUUGGAACACUAUUUUCAGUAUUGUAGAUGUCUCUCUUACUGGAUCCAUUGCAUGUCUUUUAUUCUGGUGUGGUCUAUCUGAUAAUAAAUUAGUUGAUCCAAAAAAGAAAUCUAUUCAAUUUUUGGUAAUAUUAAAUAUUAUAUUAUUAUUUGUUGGAUGGAUUUAUGAUGAUAUGUAUGCAACCAACAAAACUGAAUGGUCGGAAAUGUUGUACAUGGGAGUUGUCGGAGUUGGAUGUUCUGGUUAUUUGGUACUACAAUUGAUCUAUUUGUACAAUAAUAGAUUACUCUCCAAGAUUAGUUAUUUGUUUUUAACAGGUCUCAGUGGUGGUAUUGGAUUCCUCAUUACUUUGAAAUCUGAAAAGUGGUGUCUCUUGGUUGGUCCACAUCUCAAUGCCUCUUAUAUUUGGUUCUUUGCCAGCGACGUUGCAAUGAUCUUAUUAUCUAAAUUUAUUCUUAAAUCAAGAGUUCCACAACAACAACAACAAUCUGUUGGACAAAUACAAUUACGACCACAACAACCACAACAACCACAACAACAACAACAACAAAUCAUUUAUGUUUACCCAACACAUAAUCAAAUGAUUCAUCCAGGUUUUGUUAACCAUGGUCCAGCUGGAUAUGCUCCGCUUUAUCAACAACAACAACAACAACCACAAUUUAUUCAUCACAAUAUUCAAAUCAAUUAA